UUCGGAACGCUUCGAAUCAUGAUCAUAAUGUGCUAGCAGAGCCUUUGACUGAAGCGGAAAGCUGAUCAUAGUUUUCUUUUCUCUUCUUUCUAAUGCACAACAUCUUCCUGAAGAAUUCACGGCGGAGCGUCUGAUAAUGGCUAUAUAGAUAGAGCCAUCCAAUUCAACUUGAGGUUUUUCAAGCACAGGUACCACUGUCUCACCAAACUCCUACCAGAUUUGGGCCCAUCUAAAAAAAGCCCUGGACAAGUCGCACAGUUCGUGGAUCAUGCGAGUCGAGGUUUUGUUUUUGGAGGUAUUGCUGCUCCUAUCAGCCAUCUAUACCACUGGAGUCGACGCAAAUAGGUCUCCCAGUCUGGGAUUGAAUUCUUCUAACCUACAGCUGAAUGGAAUCGCCUUUGGUGCUAUACCCGCUUUCAAGGAACGGUAUUAUCCUAACACACCAUCUCAGAUCAAUGCUAAGUUACCACGUCCCAUUUCAAUAAUGGGUGACUAUGUUGAGCUUGAUAGAAAUGCAGAAGGACUAAGAAAAAUUGAUUGGCACUUGGACACACUGCUGAAGCUACCUGGAAAGCCCGUCUACCAAAUCGCUUUGAUGCCAAACCAUGGUCUAUUGAGUGUUUCACCUUUCGUGAUCAACAGGAUAGCGGCUAAAAUGGCUGAAAUAAAUCGCAAUAAUGUCACGGUAUGGCUUCGUUUUGGACAUGAAAUGAAUGGUCAAUGGUAUAAUUGGGGCAUGAAUCCUUGGCUGUUUAAGGACAAAUGGAGAGCUUUAUCUGUUGCCGUACGGAGGGCAGCCCCGGACACAUAUAUGAUGUGGGCACCUAAUGCCAGGUUUGGGGACUCGGUUGAUUCCACAAAGGGUGGUUAUACGCAGUAUUGGCCUGGAAGCGACUACGUGGACAUAGCAGCGCUUUCAUUUUAUCAUUUUGGGGGUACCAGGAGACGGAAUCUGAUUCCAAGAGAGAACCUAGCAUUGGAAAAGAUUCAAGAAUUUUCAAAGCUAUACGGAUCGCAAGGAGAAGGGAAGCCGAUCGUUUUGGCCGAGACAUCAGCUCCUUUCACUCGCUUGAUCUCCACAAAACAACCUGAGCGUGGAGGAGCAUCAGAAAGAGAUAUCAAGAUCACCUGGCUAAAACAGUUGUUCUCGCAGAAUAUGAAACGAUCUGUACCUGAUUUGAAGGCAAUCUCUUGGUUUGAGAUUAUCAAAUCGGAAACAGCCCCUGGUCGAAGUGAUGCGAAAUCGGAAGACUUCAGACUGCUUUUAGGAAACAGAGGUGUAUCAGAAGAAGCGCGGGAGUACAUGCAACAGACAAUAUCUAAUGAUAAAGAUGAAUGAUGAUAUAGCAGCACUUGUCCUCGAGUAUAUCUGCCUACUAUUUCUGUUUUCUCCAAAUUGGGGCUCAAAUAUUCAUCAUAUACAUCAACAGACAUUUCUCUUCAUCGACCUCAACACAUAAUCACUGCUCGGAAAAAAUACAAUAAGAAGUUUAACAAUACAAUUGGGCAUGUAAUUAUAUAUGUUGAUUUCAUGUUUCAUAAGCCCCUAUAUUUAAACUGUCUCCUACCUCUCACCAACUUACUAAUUUUUUACUAUUUAUCUGUAGAUAAAAGAAGCACAAAUCAUUAUCCUUUCACUUGUGUUUCGAAAACUCAUGCAUGAUCCCAACAUAAUCUCAUUUCAUUCUAUAAUUUGCUAGAAGUAAGAAAACACAUGACUAGGAAUAUAAAUACCAUUGCUUCAGACAUUUACAGCCAUCAUGAUUUGGGAUCUUC